AUUAUGAGUCGUGAUAUGCUGACAUAUUCCUUUUGUGAAGAACUUAUGACUCAGUUUACGCCUCUCUCUGCAGGAAAAGAGACCUUCAGGCAGUUUUUCCAGAAGCAAUUAGGUGCAGGGGUCUUCCUGGUGAGUGGCGUCCUCCACUUCAGGGGAUUGAGUGUGGUGCAGGAACUGAGCGAUGACGCCACGGCUACUGUAGGUGCCUCCAACUGUUUGUUCGUCCAACUUUGCUCCUCAAAAGAGUAACAGUCUUCUCUUAUCCCCGUAUCAUCGAUAUUUUGAUCACCAACCUCAUCACGAGCAUUCUCAUUUUAUGUAGAUGAUCACCCCAAUCUCGCUUUGUCUUCACCGCAGAAUCAUCACCGAUGAAGAAUGGAGAAAAAGAAACAGUCUCCAAAAUUUGCCCCCCAUCAUCAUAACCUGACGGGUUCCACUGUCAUCCUUGAUCGUAUGAGUGAGGAUCCGCUCUUUGGUAUCUCCUCUGCCUUGUCUCGCCACCUCCAAAUUCCGCCUGCGGAAAUAUCAUCUUUGUCGCUCUGUCCGAGACACCGAAGCAUCUUUUGUUGCCCUGAAAGGUCACCGUUGCUACCCUUUGUUAGACAAACACAGAUUGCGGAUCCGAAGUGCAAACCCAAAAUGAAGACUUUACUGCAAAACACCAGAACCAGAAAACACAAAGACAAAGACAGCCAGUUACCUAUUCCCGCCUCACCCUUCUCCAACACCAAAAACCCUGGCUCUCAUCGCUCAUCAAUCUCUGACACAAACUCGCACAGGCCACAUUUACGCCAGCCAAGACCUCAAGAGCCGCGAGAGGCCAAGCUAGCUAGACAAGGAUCUGAUCUGCUGCUGCUCAUCAAAAGGGUCUUGAACGGCAACUACGGCCGGUCACGAUUUGUUACAGACACAUCUUUUCUCUUCAGCGCAUAUCGGAUUUCAAUAUCCGUGUCCAAUCUGAAGGUCGCAUGCGUCAAUGCCCUCCUGAGUGAGAGGCUGAGUGUUGGUGAUCAUUGGUGCUAAAUAUCCCUCUGUGUUUCCACUGUAACUGCUACCCCUGAGGUUUGAACGCCAGGCAGAUAUUGACUGGAUGGAUACUUGUACAAACGAUGUGUCGUAAGUUAUCCUCGGUUGUGUUGUACUCCACGAUGGAGAAUGACUCAAGAU